UUGGCUGCAGCCAGCAUCUAGUGUGCGGAUACAUGCUGCGGAGAUAGUAGUGAUAGUUCUUCUUUCUUAGUGCCCGGUGGACGGAGCUUAGAGACAUGUCUGUGCGUUCGUUGCAGAUAUUAACUUUUCUAAUAUCUACAUUUCUAUUGUCGGAGGCGGUGAAGCCACCUGGAUAUGUGAAGCCACCUGAAAUACCCGAUAAGAAUCCCCCUAAAUACGAAUAUGGAUAUAGCAUAGAUGAUCAAAAAGGUGCUAGACAAGGAAAGUUGGAACAAAGAGAUGGAAUAUAUGCAUUGGGAGGUUAUUAUGUUCAGGGAUCAGACUCAAAACAAGAUGUAAAAUAUUUUGCUGAUGAUUGGGGGUACCAUCCAUAUGUUGAAUAUAGCAACAAAGGACCACAUAGUUUAGCAAGAGCACAAUUUGCCUUAGGAGCUGAAGCUCUUCAGCUAAAAAACAAAGAGAAUGAAUUCUCAACAAAAGAUCAGAUUAAUCAAAAUGUCAACCGCCAGCAAAAAUCUAAUGGUCUUCUCCAACAACAAUUACCUCAAAAUCCUGUACAACAACCUAUAUUGUUGCAACAUGAAAUUUUGCCCCAACCUGCUGCACUACAGCAAGUAUUAAUUCCACAACAACCUCAACCCCUAAUUGACGGGCAGUCACCGGAAAGUCAGCAGUACUCACUGCAGCCCCAACUGUUAUCUGAUCUGGAACAACCUCAACAACUAAUAUUGAUUCAGCAACAACUACCAUUGCAACAACAACAGCAAAUUUUUCUUCAGCAACCACUCAAUCCUGAGAACAAUCCUUCGGAAGUACCUCAGGAGAUACUUAAUCAACCCCAGCAAAUAUCAAUAUCCCACGGACAAUCACAACAAGGACUAGUCCAGGUGAAUCAACAUCAAACAGAAAACAAUCAAGAAUCUAAAGAGUUGGUACAAAACAUUCAAUUUACCCAACACAUCACCAACGAAAACAUUAAUAACAAUCAAGAGGUCGAACUAAACCAAUUAAAUGCGGGUAAUUAUGGAGAAAAAAUAAAUGGAGCUAGUAAACUAAUUGAAUCAACUAAAAAUCUUAUAACAGGAGAAGAUGUGCUUAAAUUAAACGAAGCAAUCUCUGAAAAAAGUGAAACCACUGUUGAAUCGACUACAGCUAAAUCAGUUGUGUCCGAAUACAAUACUGAAGAAGCAAUUUCAACUUUACUAACCAGAGUUCAAGUUAAUUAUGAUGGAGAGUCUAAUACUAUAGCUCCUACCACUGAAAUAAACUUAGAGAAGGAACCGAUUGUCGUUGCAGAUUAUGAGGACAACAGUAUUAAAUCCACUACUGUGAAAUACUCUGAGACUACUAAUGAGGGGUACUCCACAACUACCAAUGGGGUUGAUAAUGAAUCCAAUGAUUAUGGUUCAACACCAGCUCCAGACGUGUUGGUAACACCACGACCAAUUGGAUCAAAUUUUUUGGCACCCAUCACUGCAGGAGUGCAAUUACAGAGUAUUGAGGAGUCGAAAUCUGCAAAUAAUAAUAAACAUUAUUUCGUUGAAAUUCAAAAAAGUCUACCGUACUACUUAGGAAAGUAUGAGUUCAUACAAAAUCCGGCUGUAUACAAUGAACAGCAAAGUAUUCAUCAAAACAUUAGCGUUGAACAAAAGGCAAUGGAAAAUAUUGAGCUAGGAAAUACUUUACUGUACUUUCCCAUUAAUGAUAAACCUAGAGCAGAAGCUUUAGUGCAGCAAUUACCACAAGUCAAUAUAAAUCAGCAGUUCUCGCAAGAGAGGUUCAAUGUUCAACAGUUGCCAAAACCGUUAAUUGAAAACAAAUUUAACCCAAAGGUUGAACUGACGAAAAGUGAAACUAAGGAUACUAAUAUUGCAAGUUCUGAGGAAAACAAAAACGUUCAGUCGCAACAUGUUUAUUACAACAUUUUAGAAUCUGCCGAACAAUAUAACCAAGAAAACCUGAAAGCACAACAAAUUUACGAAGGUCAGAACUAUCAACAGGUUGUUCAAGUUCCUGUUGUUGUACAAAAGGUUGUGGAGAAACCUGUUCCGUACCCUGUAGUUCAGACUAAAAUUGUUGAAAAGCCUGUACCGGUAACAAAAUAUGUAAAGCAACCUUACCCUGUCGAAGUUCCUGUUCACAUUCCAAUUCAUGUUCCCUAUCCAGUUGAAAAGCAAGUUCCCAUUGCAGUACCUGUGGAAAAAAUUGUGGAAAAACCUAUCCACAUUACAAAAUACGUGGAGAAACCUGUCCAUAUUCCUCAACCUUACCCCGUAGAAAAAAUAGUGGAGAAACCAGUGGAGGUUACCAAGUACGUUGAUAGGCCGUACCCUGUGGAGGUUAGAGUCCCCCACCCAGUUCCUUACGCAGUGGAGAAGCUUGUUCAAGUACCAGUACAAGUACCAGUUGAAAAACCUGUACCACAGUAUAUAGAAAAAAUUAUUGAGAAGCCUGUUGCUCAAUACAUAAAUACACCUUAUCCGGUGGGAGAAUCUAAUGGUCAAAACAUUUACGGACAACAAUACCUAAAUGUUGACUUCUCCAAGUUUAUUCAAAAACCUGUAGCCGUCUCUCACGUUCGUAUUUCACAAGGAAAUCGUGGGCAGCCUGGAAAAUAUACUAAAACUGGAACGAAAGUUCAGUCCAAGAAUCACGGUCGACUUGAACAAUACACGCAACAAUCACAACAACAACAAACGGUGGUUUACAAUAAUCCUUACGCGUACGCUCCUACACAUCUGAAGCACUACAUCCCACCUAAGCAAGAGCUCCUCCUGACGAAAGGUUACGUACCACCAAAGUUGUCCACUAAUGGAUACUUGCCCCCUAAGAGCGACUGUGAGCAACAACUCGCCGCCUUAAGAAACCUCUAUUUUACCAUAAAACACGACGACUACAUCGGUUUGCUUCCGCCGAAGCAAAGCUCCAGAAACGUCAAAUUCCCAAGAAAAUUACGGCAGGCCAGAUCGAAUUUCAACGACAAUCCCAGGGUUGAGUACGGUUUUAUGCCGCCGUUAGUGCCCUCUUUAGAAAUCGAUGAAAAUGGGAAGCCUAUUGAGAAGGGAGAUAAAUAAAGUCCUUUUGAGUCAGUGAUAGUUGAAAUGCCAUGUAGUCUUAAAAAAUGUACAAUUACAUACAUCGCACAUUCGAAUAUUUGGUUACCGGUUUAUGUAUGCUCAGGGUUAUCAAAAAUUCAAGAUAAUGUUCGGUCGUGUAUGAUAUGUUUAUUAAAUCGCAUAUCCAUUUGAAACAGAUAUUUAGUAUUUAUUUUUAUAGACUUGAUAGAUUUAGUAAGGAUAGUUGUAAAAUAAAUUGUUUGUAUUAUAUUUUUUGUGA